AUGAACAGCACCAUUAAAGUGGAUGAGUUUUAUGACAUGUUCAUCAAGAACUUCAUCAGUGUAGUCCUCAGCCUAAUCAUCAACUAUAUCAAUGGAACAUUUGUGAUUGUCUUCUUCAAAAAUAUCAUUUUCUGUAGUGACCCAAGAUACAUUUUAUACAUCCAUUUGGUAAUCAAUGACAUGAUUAUGCUGUCAGUUUCUGUGGGCUUACAAGUCACAAAGUAUGUUUUGCGCACCUUCAGUGUCUCUGUUUGUUGUGUUGUGCUACUUUUUCUUAGUACAGUCACCAAGAACUCUCCACUAAAUCUGGCCUGCAUGUCCAUAGAGCGUUACAUUGCCAUUUGCAAGCCACUACAUCACUCGCAAAUAUGUACAGUUCGGAGGACCUACCUGCUCAUCUGUUUCAUAUGGACUGCAGCAGCAGCACCAGCUCUGAGUGAUAUAUUCAUCGCAUUAUCAAAUCGACCACCAAGCUUUUUCUCGACUGCCACUUCAUGCCACAUGUUGUUCAUUUAUAACACUUGGCAGCACACAGUCAAAGAUACUGUGGUGAAUGUUGUGUAUUUGUCGUUUGAAUGGACUACGUUGAUUGUCACCUACUUAAAGGUUUUUUCCGCAGCAAAUGCUGCAAGUGCAGAUCAAGUGUCUGCUAGAAAGGCCCGAAACACGAUACUGCUGCACGGAGUUCAGCUUCUGCUGUGUAUGAUGUCCUACAUCACCCCAUUCAUGAGUACAGCACUUGUAGAUCUAUUUCCUCAGAGUCGAUCAAAUAUUCUGUUUAUUCUGUUUUUGUUGUCAAAUGUUCUACCGAGGUUACUAAGCCCACUGAUCUACGGGUUGAGAGAUAAACAAUUUGUUGAGCGUGUCAAAGUGUAUUUUUGUUACAAACAAGUAAGGACACAGAUUAUACCUGUUAAGUAA